GGGGGGCGAGGGGAAUGAUUGGACGAGGAGCUGACCUGCGUUUGACGUUGUGGCCUUCCCCGCGAUGCAGGUGACAGCGGCAAUGGCUCCCUCUCAUCCGAAGCAGCUGAUCGAGGACUUGAAGCAGCACUUCACGGACGAUGGUCCCGUAGGGAGGAACCCAGGAAAGGGGUCCAAGCACUGGAUUUGCAAGUACUGCGAGACCCGCUUCGACGGGACGGCGUCGAAUCUAAGAACCCACUUCCUUAAGAAGUUCAGCUUGGACCUCCUGACUAGACUGUUGUCCGUGGAGAAGAGGGCGAGAAGGGCGGAGGGGAUUUGCAUGGGGAAGCAGAGAUCAUUGACAAGGGGGGGAAAGAGUUCUACACCGACGAGCAACCUGUCAUCUGCCAGCAGUCUGGUCAUCGGAGCGAUGGGUGCGGGUAGUGGAGCGGCUGAUGCUGGCGGUGUACCAUUGCAGGUGGCGACUUCUGGGGAGUCCGGUCGUGCAGCGCCCCAAACAGGUCGACCAAUGAGGCAAACACUUAUGGAGGAUGCGGACAGCAUCAUUACUCGUAAUGAACACACAAGUCCCUUCCUCGAUAACUUCCUGUUCUGCACGAACCAACCCUUCAGUCCCGUUGACAAUGAGUACUUCCUCGAGUUAAUCGACGCGGUGAAGAAGGCACAUCCGUCAUGGUUGUCAUACCACAGGGACGAGGCACGGACGAGGAGGCUGGACGGCGAGUUUGGAAGGACGAGAGCAGACGUGACCGCCAUGACCAGGAAGUGGCAUGUCACGGGCUGCAUGCUUCAGAUGGACCCACUCGAGGACAUGUACAAGCAGCUCGGUUGGCUGGCGGUGGUCGUCGAUGCCGGCAAUGUAGUUGGCAAAUUCUUCACAAAUGUGGAUAAGGCGAGGGCUUUGUUCGGCAAAUUAUCGUCGAAUUCGAAGUUGAAGAGGCCGGCGGUCACGCGAUUUGCCACAAGUCACGACAUGCUGGUUUCUUUGAAGAGAGGGAGGAAUGCACUGGAGAAGUGCGUUUGCGACACGGCGUGGGUGGACAAGAUGGUGAGGGCGGAUCAGCUCGCCACUUUCCGUGAGGUCACCUCCAUCGUGUUGGGAAGGGACGGGUUUCGGGACAAGGUGGGCAAGGGCCACAAGGCCCUCGCAGUGAUGUCUCCUGUUGUGGAGCUGUUGCGCCUGGUCGACGGGUCAAGCGCAACAAUGUCGAAGGUCUACUUCAAGAUGAAUGCGCUCGUCGAGAGAAUGCGCGACCUCGACUGUGUCACCCCGGGUGAGAAGGCCGACAUUGAGGACAUUCUAAUGCAUUGGUGGUCGUUCAUAACGAGCAAGCUGCACUGUGCGGGUGCCUUCCUUGACCCCAAGUCCGACAUAGUGCAUUGGCAGAGCGGAAUCGGGAGGUACCGCGCGGGGUUCAACAUUUGCAAUGGUUGUACUCCAUUUGGGGGAAAGUUGGACCUUCUGCAGCCGCAAGCCGUCAAAUUGCUUGGCCAAGCAAGCUCGUCCGCUGCAUGUGAGCGAAAUUGGAGUUUGCAUGAGCUCAUUUUUGGAAGACGGUGCACGAAGCUCAUGCCGGAGAGACUGUCAAAGCUGGUGUUCAACAAUUUGAACACCCAAUUGAUCCGGAGUUACAUCCGCGGCGGUAAGGAGGAGGUCCACAUCCCUUGGGAGGAUGACCGACCGGUGGAGGCUGAAGUUGAGGAGUGGUACAACACGUGGGUGGUGACGGCGGUGUCCAAUGACGAUGACGCAGCAGACACGCUCGAUGACGCGGAGGUGGAAGAGGAGGAUGGGGACGAGCCACUUACGCGAACUUGGCUGCAAAAUGACGAGUGGGAUGACCAAGAGUGUGAGGCGGAGGACAUAGCCCUCGUGGGCUCGAGGGAAAAGGACUGGCACGAGUGCACAAAACCCGGCUGCUACAGGGAACGCGAGCUGCGGAGGAAAUCUGGCCAUUUGCAGCCCUUACUGUCGGUGUUGUACACGAAAGAGGAACGGGCACAGUUGUUGAAGGCACGAGCUGCCGGAACAUGGUUGCACGGUGCAGGGGAAGCGUCCGCCAGCAGAAAACGUGGAAACAAAAAAGCGCAGCACGAGCACGUGGAGGAGGUGGUUCCGGUGGCGAAGGGGAGACGUGCGGACGGAGAGCCGAAACGCAAGAGGGGCCGACCCUCAAACGCGGAGCUGGCAGAAAGGAAAGCCCAGAAAGCGAAAGCGAAGGCUGCAAAGCCAGCUGCAGCAGCAGCAGCAGCGAGAAGUGCGGCAGCCAGAAAAGGAAGGAAGAAAAAGGCACGCAGCAAUGUCAUUGACGAUGACAAAAGCGGCGAUGAUGCGGCGGCAGCAGAUGACAAUGAGGCAGCAGCAGCAGGCGACGAGGCGGCAGCAGCACCAUCGUCGGCAUCCUCAUCUUCCUCGUCGGACGAUGAGGAUGCAAGUGGGAGUGGGGCGGAGUCCAUGGAACACGGUGAAGGAGACGGGGACGGCACGGGUGAGAAUUCGGAGGAUAGCGAGGGGCAAUCCGGGGAGGAAGAGGAAGGAAACAGCGGGGAGGAGUAGGAGAGAGCAUCAGAGCUCACUCCUGCAAACUUUGAAACUGGGUAGUUUUGUUGUCAAUUC